CUGCGCCGUCGCGUUUAGGCGAUGACUAAUGGGCGGGCAGGGUGCUGAGGCGGGAGUAUGGCGGAUCGGCUCACGCAGCUGCAGGACGCGGUGAAUUCGCUCGCUGACCAGUUCUGCAAUGCCAUUGGGGUGCUGCAGCAAUGUGGCCCACCUGCCUCGUUCAGCAAUAUCCAGACUGCCCUCAACAAGGACCAGGCAGCCAAUCCCACGGAAGAAUAUGCCCAGCUCUUUGCAGCACUGAUUGCUCGUACCGCUAAGGAUAUAGAAGUUUUGAUAGAUUCGUUACCUAGUGAAGAAUCAACAGCAGCUUUGCAGGCUGCUAGUCUGUAUCGAUUAGAGGAGGAGAACCAUGAAGCAGCUGCCCGCCUGGAAGAGGUUGUCUAUCGUGGGGAUAUGCUAUUGGAAAAAAUCCAGAGUGCUCUAGCUGAUAUUGCUCAAUCACAGUUGAAGACAAGAAGUGGUACUCCUAGCCAACCUGUUUCAGACUCAUAGCAGCAGGGGGCAGCAUGUUGCUGCAAAACUGGACUAAAAAACUCCUAUGUCUAAAGAGUUCUGCAUCAAAUAUGUACUGUAAUAUCAAGCCUUACUGUUGUGAGAACUUAAGUGUUCUGAUUACAGUAAAUAUAACUUUUUUUAAAUCUUGUACUAGUCUCAAUUCUGGCAUGAAAUGUUUAUAAACUAGGAUUGCUGCUUGUUCUAGAACUGUGCAUUAAUAUACUUCCUCUUAAUUCAAUAUGUUAAUUUCUUUUAAAUCUAACUUUUUUUCUUUUUUAUGCAUAGAUAUGUCCGACUUCAUAAAGAUAACAGCUCAUCAGAUUAAGCAAAUGUAGUCCUUAAAGGAGCUGUGCAAGGUGUAAUACUCUGUGCAUAGCCCAGACUUCAGAUCUGUUGUAGGUUUUCCCCAUUGUUAUGCAAAUCUUAAGCACAGAACUAUGAACUUGCCAGAGGCAGAGAGGAAACCACUAGACAUUCUGAGGUCAACAUAACUACAUGGCUAUAUAUGCUAUGUAUUGCCAUUCAAACUGCGUGAUACUGACUGUUUGAAUCUCUUCUUACCAGCUUACAGCCUACAAGCUUUCUUGACAUCUGUUUAAAGCUUAAAAUGGACAGUUAAUCUUAGUAUUUCCUUUCACUUCUGAUUCACAGAUGAGUCUGUGGGCUAGUUAUGGUUUUUGACAUACUUAAUGGCUGCUUGCAGGCAGCAGAAAGAUUGUAUGGUACUGGCUCCAUGUCUGCUUCCGGAUACUUUGACGGUUGGUUGUUAUGGCAAAGAAAUAGUCAUUGUAAAAGAGACAAUGAGGCAUUCAUUACAGCAGAAGUGUUGGGGAAAGAAGCAGAAAUGUCCACAGGAGACAGAAGUUGGCAAUUGAAGAAAUGAAAAUAACUUAUUUUUUAAACUAAUAGCUUUUGUAAGCAAUUGCUGUAACUUGUACUUGUGUGACUGUAAAUGAGAGAAGAAGGCUCUAAGAUGCUCUUACCAGUUUCUCCCCAAUAAAUAAACUGGCAUCUUUAGUGCACAGUGAUGAAGACAGUGGAA